AUGGCCCUCGAUUCUGACAUUAUUGAACGCUUUUUCGCUGAAUUCGAACAGCUCCGCAGCCAAUACGCAGUCGAUUCGCAGGAUAUCUACAAUAUGGACGAAACAGGGUUUCAGAUAGGGCAAAUAGCGUCAAAAUACGUUGUUUUUGACCCUGCUAUGGGUGGCCCAGCGGCUCCAGCAUCAGAUAACACUCAAUGGGUCUCUAUUAUUGAGUGUAUGAAUACUGAAAGGGCUACUGAACAUCAUAUGUUUCCAGAGCAUGAGGAGCUUCCUGACGUUAUUUGGGCUUUUUCUCCUAAGGGAUGGACUGACGAAGAGCUAGCUGUUGAUUGGUUGCGUCGAAUAUUCGUCCCAGUUGCGUCAAAACAAGGCAAGCAUACCAUCCUGAUACUUGAUAGCCAAAAGAGUCAUAUUACUGGCGAAUUUCAGUAUUUCUGCCUCGAAAACAACAUCCACCCUCUCUAUUUACCUGCACACGCUACCCACAAACUUCAACCUCUUGACGUAGGUCCAUUUUCGCCUCUUUCAAGCGCGUACAGCCGCGCAGUUGAAGAAUACGCUCCAACCGGCACAACAGCACUCAAUCGAAGUAUUUUUAUAGUACUUUACGUACGAGCUCGUCAAGAAGCGUUUACUGAGCGAAAUAUUCGCGCAGGGUGGAGAAGAGCUGGCAUUUGGCCAACAAAUAAGCAAAAACUGCUAGAUGACCCUGAAAUUCAAAAUUUUGGCCGCACAACCCCUGAGUAUCAACCUGCGCCUGUCAAAGAGGGUCCUAACCAUCUCUAUAGCACUCCGAAGAAGCUCAAUGAAAUUCGAGAGCUCCAAGCGCAAAUUGAGGCCAAAGUUACUCCUCGAACUCAACGCGCCGUACGCAAGCCAAGCCACGCAGCUAUUCAAGAGCAUGCCGGCGCCCAAUUGCUUCAAAAUGAGCUCAACAACUUACGCAAGCAAUCUCAUCAGCAAGAGGUCAAAAAGCGCUCAAAACGCAUGGUAAAAGAGAGGGUGCAGCGUUCGUGGAACCUUGAGGAGGUCAGGGCUGCCAAAGAGGGCAGGGCGCCCUCUAGGGUGCAAAUUACGCACCGUACGGAGGAUUCAUUGCGCAUAAGAAUUCUCUCAGAUAGGCUCAAAUAG